GCAUCACACACCUAGAUCGACAGACCAUCACCCAUGUGAUAUGUUAUGGCGUCUUGCCCUCCAACUAAGAAGGCUAGAAAGGCUGGGAAGGAGGGGGAAGAGGGACCAAAAGUAGAGGAAGAAGAUGAAGACGAAGUCCCUGAAGAGAUAGAGGACCAGUGCUCUGACUGUCACCAGUCAUUAGCUAAACUUGAGAAACUUCUGAAACCAGUUCUGGCAGAGGCAAGGCCAAGUCAUGACAAACUAUCACAUCUUGAAAAUGCAUCGCUGACGCUGACUCUGUGCUAUACAAUCAAUUCUUUGUUUUGGGUGUAUCUAACUACCCAAGGAAUCAAUCCUAAGACUCAUGGCAUCAAGCAUGAAUUAGAAAGAGUCCAAAAAUACAUGAAUCAGGCAAACAUCAUCAAUGAAAGACUAAAAGGAGAAGUACCAAGAGUGGAUAAAGGAGCUGCCAAAAGAUUUGUAAAAAAUGCUCUUUGGGAUGAAGAAAGUAGUAGUAGUAAAUCUAGAAAGAGAAAGCAAACUGAAGACAAAAAUCAAUAAUUGUGAGGAUGUUGCAUGUUUUUAUAAAAGCAACUAAUUAAACUUUAUUUGACUUCCUAAAAUAAGCAACUAAGUUAACUUUAUUUGACUUCCUAAAAUAAUAGAUCUAUACAUUUUA